UCGGAGGGUGUGCCUUAACAGUACUAACUCAUGCGGCCUGUUCAAAGAACCGUGGUUACAAGUGUGCUCAACGAAGAAAGCCGAUCAGUGAAAGGGUUUUAGCCAAUUUCAUGUAGCUUGAAAGACAUCGUCAUGGCGAAAACAAAGAAGGUUUUCAUCGGACUAACGUUGGCAGGCUGUGUGAUCGCCAUCGGUCUUAUCACGGCAGCCCUGGCUACAGACUACUGGGUGGUGUCCCAACCCACUUUAGAAUUAAAAAAUGAAACAAAUACCGGUUCGGUAAAUUUUGGACUAUUUCAUGGGAAUCAAAAUUUGAAUUACCUGGGGGCAAGACCGAAAGAGAUAUGGGCUGUUUGUAAUGCCAGUUUUGGUCAAUGCUUCUGGUCUGGUGAGCCUUCCGCAGAGGGACGGGAACAAAACUUGCAGUUCGCCAUUUUGGAUGCCAUUGACAAAAACGAAUCAGUGAAAGAUUAUGCCCUGACAUAUGGAAUGUUUGAUUAUGGACUGUGGGUGGGAACAAUCGUCAUGGCAGCACUGGGCAUUGCUUGGGGCCUCAUAGCAUUUGGAUUUGGCUGUUUCAAUGUCCUGUCACAUCCCAUUGAAACCAUAACUGGCCCAGUAGGGCUGUAUGUGUGGAAUGCUAUAGCUGCUUUCUUCACCUUACUAUGUGUGAUCCUGUAUACAGUGUUAUAUUAUCAAGAUCUCAAGGUGAACAUUCUUCUGGAGGUUGAUCUUGAGAACCAGUGGGUAUCAAAAGGCACAACCCCUGGUUAUUCAUUCUGGUUGGUAGUGGGAGCCACGCUAGCCUUUGCAAUAAACAUUCUCCUCGUCUUUCUAGGGGGAGUUAACCUCCGCCUGCCUAGUUAUUCCUCGACAGCAGAGAAAAACCUGGAUGGGGUGAUGAUGUACUAAAGUUAUGUGUGUUAAAGCAUGUUGUUGAUGAAGCUCCUGGUGGUGCAGUACUUACAAGCCAGAUAGUAUUUGUGGAGGGUUGUCCACAUGAGUGUGGAUGUACAGUGCCCUCCCAAACCACUGUUGCCAAGGAUGCAGAGAUGAGAUAUUGACAUGUACAAAAUAGAAACACAUGUACGUGAAUGAAUUCAGGAUCAAAGACAAAACAUGUAUGUUUUUUGUGUGAAAAUUGGAGUGUUAUGGUGGUUGAUCAGAUACACUGUCAGGUGACGCCAGGAUCAUGCAAUUUAGAGUUGUUAAUUGAAGACUGUGAUUUAGGUAUACACGUGUCUGUUGACCAAAGUGUGGACAACAGCGUUGGUGAAGAAAGCACACAAGAAAGCUUCACAAAAGUAUAUACACCAGAAGAACCACUGCAGCUACUUGUAUUGGAUACCUGCAUAUAUUACAUGUCACAUUACACCUUGUUCAGUACAUGGAGCUACUCAAGCUCAUUUCACCCCAUGGCAAUAUUCAUUGGUAGGUGAACAAUGUAUGUGUAGGAUUCUACCUGCUUAAAAGGAGAUCUUGCUCCUCUACACAGCAAACCCCACCCUGUCCUGCCCCGCCCCGUGGAAGAAUCUGUAUAUGUAUGGUGUUGAUUGAAAAGCACAAAACAAUUUCCCCCAAAUGUUAUCACAGAAACUUAUAUGUUGAAAGUUCAGUGGAAAAAGCCAGAACUUAAUUGCUGAGGUUCAGGAAGGUUGAGCUGGUCAAUUUGAAGCCAGGCCCACAAGACCAAACCCUGCUUACUGUGCCGCCAUAAUUGGUCAAGCCGUUCAUGUGUGUAUUCUGAAAACACUAAAAUAUGUGAGGCAAGUAUUACCGUCAGAUAGUGAUUAGAGUCAUGGGGAAAACCUGGUAACUAAAUAUUGGCUAUGUAAAAAUCUGUAGCCAGCAAGGGCCUAACCUUCAGCUGAGGGGUGUACAUAGGUGACCUACUUGUCAGCAAACACCCAGUUCACGCCCUUUGAUUAUCACAUUUCUUUGGUGAACUGUGUUACCUGGUAGAGGUGGCCUGCAGUGAAGAAAUACAUGAUGUGGGUUCAAGGAAAAAUUUGUAGAGAUUUGGUUUAGGGAAACAUUCCACACAUUCAUGAAGAGCGUUAGUCAAGGUGGUCCCCUGUGCAAUUCAUGUUAUCAUUGUUUCUUUCAUUUGGCAAUAAAUGUCCAAUAUUAGACAGGAAGAAGUUUGACCUAUUUGCUAUAUCUGGAUAUGUUACAUAUCAGUGUUCAGUAAUUUAAAAGACAUUAGCAACUUAGCGGGAAAAGCUUUUGAAAUUGAUAAUUUUUGACACUCAUAUUUCAGUUCUUGUAAAAACAUGUGUUGUGGAACAAUGCUUUGCUCAAACAUUUGGGACGUCAUCUUGCCUCAAACUUCAUUGAUGUUUAGCUGAGCUUUCAAUACAACAUUGGUGUGCAAAAUGCUGUAGGAUUAACUGUUACCAUUAAUGCCUUUUCAUCAUUGAAAAAUGUGAUACAGAAGAAUCAGGAAUAUUUUUGGUUCUCAUUUUAUACCUAUAUAUCUAUGUAUGCAUGUAUAUACAUACCCGUGGAUGGUUGUGUGUGUACUAACAUGGCCCACUAUUGUUCAAAAGAAUUCUGCCAGCAUACUCUGUGAAUGAUAGUUGUAAUGUUUGUGUUUGUAUAUUAUGUGGAUAUGUGCUGUACAUAUUUAUGAUAUAUAGGUACACUUGUAUAUCUACAUGUACAUAUACAUAGCAGAAAACGUAAGGUUAAUAUUAUAACUAUAUUAGAAUGUCAUAUAUAUAUAUAAUGAAUAUUAUACAUUUCUGUUUGCAGUAUGAUUUUAGAUCUUUGAACAUUUAAGAUAAAAAGAUAAUAUUUUUAAGAAGAUUUGAUUCCAUCCUAAUGUUAUCCAUCCAUGUAUCAAGUUAUUGAAUGAGCACCCUGUGUGGAGAUAUGACAUACCCUUAUUCAUAUAGGUACAUGUUUAGUACCAUGUGGGGUGAAGUUUCUGUUUGGACCAAUCUUAUCAUACUCUCAGUUCACACUGUCAACAUUGGUUAAAUGAUAGAGGAAAGCAAACAGUUUAGCUCUCACCAGUGUUUGAUUCCAUGGUAAAUAAGAAUGUCUUUGUCAUCAGAUGCUCUAUGUUGGCAUGGUAACCUUUAUUUGCUGAUCAGCUUGGCAAAUUUGAGAGAGAUUCUCACCAAAAAUAAGCGGUUAGUUAUUCCUUCAGAUGUACUGUUAUGUGUUCAACCCUUCAUUUUCACAGCGAGCUAUUGUUAAGUGCGGCAUUAAACAGCAAUCAGAUAAAUAAGUAAAUCCACAGCAAGCCUAUGGUGCUAUACUUGUUGUGCAUGGUGGAAGCCCAUCACUUGCCAUAACUGUUCCCCAGUACACCUACAUUUGUAAGGACAUGCAUAAAACUAUUUGGAGUCCAACAGAAAUUUGAAUUUUUGAAUUAUGAUAUACAUGUAGGUGAAGAAAUUAAAUGGAAACAGUAUUUCUGUAAUAACACAAUGGGGGUGUUGAAUGAUUUAGAAGCAGAUUCCAGAAGUAGGCUAAGUGAGAAUUUUAUUUUACACUCAAGUUAUUUGAUUUGCACAGGUGGCCUGCCAGGGCAAAAGCCUUUGUUUUGUGCUUUUUGUUGGUACAGAUUUAAAUUGUAGACCCCAUAAUUCCCAAGUUAAAGUUAUGAUUCUGACCUUGAGUGUUUAGGCUUUCAUUUCAACUGAUUUUGUCAAUGUUCAAUUUCUUCCCUCAUAUUUUUAAGGAGCGUGGGCACACAGCUGCAUAUGGAUGAAACUAGUGACCUCAACUUUAUGGAUUAUCAACUUUAACUAAGCAAAUGUGGAUCCUGUGGCCUGUGGGUUUACAUGGGGAUUGUUCAGUAUUUGUCUCGCAUGAAUCAAGGCCAGUUUGUUUAUCUCUCAACAAUCGCAGCUGUCCAAGUGUGGAGGAAAUAAUCAGAGUAGACCUGUGAAAUAUUGAUGUGGUUUUGUGAAUAGCUUGGCAUCACACCAGCUUACCAAUUGUAUUAGUCAAAGACUACAUAGACUGCAAAUCUGACUGCACACUAUGUCUCCCACAUGGCACAACAUUUACUUUGCUAAGGCAAUACUGAUCAAUUUAAAGCUUUUGUAAUAUUGCUCUUUAGUAUAGCAAGGUGUUUUGAUGCUAGUAUUUGAUGAAAAGGAAAAGCUCAGAUUGUAUUUCUUGUGCACAAGUGUUGGCAUGUAUAAAUUAAUACACAUGUACAUAGGGUUCAUGAUUCAGCCAGAGUCUUAGGUUAUCAUGUCAUUUUACUGAAUAGCCAAUAUUAAAGACAUGUAUUUUAAGAUUAGAAAAAUUCCUUGGUAAACAAGUUCGUGUUCACUGAAAACAUUUUUUGCUUAUCUUAUUACCUACGUUUGUGAAUGGAAAUUAUGUCAGCCAUUAGCCUUCUAGGAAUAACCAACAAUUAAUAAAUAAUAGUGGAUGCAUGAUUAUGCUGUGUUUCUAUACAAUUUUACACAUGAGCAGUUGUAAGUGUGAACAGUUUUAUUUGUUCCUGGCUGGAAACAAAUGAGUCCUUAUUGUGAACAGAGCAGUCUAUUAAUAUCACAUGUCAGUGUAACCCUGCUUCUUGUAUAGUGCUCUCGGUGUACAGAAAUACACACCUGGUGCAAACUUUUUAAAUGGGCAUGUCAGCAGGAGUCUGUAUAUGUUGUGUGGUAACAUAUCUUUUGUUGGCUUGCAAUAAAAGUCAACCAGUUUUACUGGAAUAUCAAUGUAGGCCUUCAUGUGCAUACCGUAGGAGUCAUCCUAUUUUAUUACCUGGACCAUUUUUUAGAAUCUGGGGAUUGAGGUUUUUUAACCUGACUGCAGUCUGUCCAAAAUGUUAUAUACAACAAACUGAAAUAAUUUGUCUUUAUCUAGUCAGAGAUUUGAAGGUAUGGUAUGGUCAGAUAUCUUCAGAAUUGUUGCCUUUGAGUUUUAGUUUCCUGGGGCAAUGUUGAAGGGCGUUUUUAAACUCCUCAUACUUUUUGGCCGAUCGACUGUUCUUCAGCCUUUUUGUUUGUUUAAGCGUAUUCUGAGGGAAUUAUUUUGUUCAGACUGAAGAAAGCUUUUAUGAAGUCCUGAAAUUGGUCAACCCAACCAAAGUAGUUUUGUGUCCAAAAUUAAAUUUAAAAGGUGCUUAGAUCACACUGAAAAUUGUAUUUUCGUAUGUAAAGAAAAGGUUAAGGAAAUAGGGCUUUAAAACUGGUACUUUUACGGAAAAUGAGAACGCCCAAUGUUGUUUGAAUGGCAACUACUUCCCUACUAUAGUAGGUCAUAUUUGAUUCUCAUAUGUUGAUAUCAAUUUCCUUAUGAGCAUAGUCUAUUGAUAUGUGAUACCAGGUUAAAACUCUAUCUGUUGAGUAAAUACAUUCUAAUCAGUAUCCGCGACCUGUGAUGUGCAAAUACUAACUUCUGAUUCAGUUUAACGACAUACAAGCCAAGCCAUCCUAAAAUGUAUGCCUCAAAACAACUGUCAUAUAUGAAGCACAAAUGGACUCCUCUCUGACUGUGAAUCAAUACACUACCUUUGGUGAAUUUAGAAUUAUAAACCAAAUACUAUCUUGUCUCUCAUUCCAUCAUGCAGUGAUCGCAUGCAUGUAUUGAGCAGGUUGUUUGUGAAAGUAUAUGUUAUAUUUAGAUGAACUUCACCAGCCACUGUCACACUUACUGGUUUUAUUACAUUCCCUCAUACAAUUAUCCAAGUGCAGGCAAUGGGUGUGCCAUGUCAACAAGUACAGGAAUCUGAAACAUUUAUUAUCAGUACCUUUUUCCAAUUUAUGGUGGAUUUUAUAAUCUGUACACAUUCCUAUUUCCUUGUCCAUUGUUAUGGAAACCUUAUUUUCACAAAAUGUGCAUAUCAUUCCAUAACACUUUUUGAAAACUGAAGUGCAAAUGUACUCGACAUUAAUUGCUGCAUUGGAAGUCUCAUUCUGAAUUUUCAACCAUGUGUUUUGCCUGGCCUUGAUGGACUCUGAACUCCGAUCUAUUUACAGAACUUAAUUACAGUUUAACUGCCCUUCUAAAUGGUGGUAACAAAGGCUUGCACAUCAGUAAUUGGUGUCAGUUACAUGUCCAUAUAAUUUAUUGCUGUGCAUUUGGCCUGCUGUUGUUGGGAAAUAUACCUAUGUGUUUUCAUUUUUGUCUUCAGCUUAUGAUAGUUUUCAAAGUGCUCAAAGAAUUUUGGAUAGUAUUACUCCUGUUAUUAAAUAGCCUGUGUACAGAUUGAGAUGGACUCGGGUGUAUUGAAAGGUACAGUUUAGUGUUGUUGUUUAUUAUUGCUAUCAUUAUAUCUGUAUAAUCUAUGUUAUGCUAUUAGGAAUUUUCAGCUAGAUGGAAAGAAUUUAGCUUCAUGACGAGUGUAACUUCAAUACAUAUGAACUUUACAUUUUACAUCUUAUACAUAUAGGCAGCUGGAUUCUGUUCUAACUAUUCCUGACAAUACGGUAUUAUGUAUAGGUUGAUCAAAGAUGAUAAAGAGUGAGGUCUCCCCCUAACUCUCCAAGAUAUGUCCGUAUUACCUGACCAUACACCCCGUGAGUCUGAGCAGACGGCCAGGUAUCCCAACACAGCCUCUGACCUUGUUGUCAUCAGCAGGACAAGCCACAUCGUUGACAUUUGACACUGUUUACUUUGAUGCUUUUGCCCGAGCUUCCUGAGAUAGCCACACAAACCCAGGCGGCGAGCUGGAGCAAAAAUGUCACUGCAGUUAUUGUUGUUUUAACUGUAAGGUGUGGGUGAAUAGAAACAGAUUGUUCAGACAUUACAAAUUUUGCUGCUCAGUCAAACGGACAUUUUUACACCCUUAGCCCUAUUUACGAUUCACAUAUUACAAAGCCAGAUUCCUUGGUCCGUUUUAUCGGAAGAAUAUUUAAAAUUUUGGUUGGGGCUUUGUUUGUAGCGUGUUAUAUCAAAUCUGUGCCUCGGUGAAUGAGGUCCAGUCAUAGAUUUUACUCUAGUUUUUAUGUUUUGUAUGGUUAUUUAAUUGCAAGUGAACUUUUGACCAAGUUAACAGGCUUGUGGCCAAUGUGUAUAAUAAAACAUGAUUUACCCAGGGAAGUUGUGAAGCUUGUUAUU